AUGGAUAUCGCGAUUUUUUUAAUUAGCCUUUUCAUUUGUUCAACACCUGGAAGUGAAUCUUCUGAUGCGACUGAAAAACUCGUAAAAAUUGUUUCUAAUUACGGAUACCCUAUCGAACUUCAUCACGUAACAACAAGGGAUGGUAAUAUUCUUCAACAUCAUCGCAUACCUGGUGGACGUGGAGAAAAAAAGUCGGAAAAUAACAUCUCAAAACCAGUGGUACUGAUGACUCAUUCCUUGUUGGGAUGCUCGUCUGAUUGGAUCGUCUUGGGUCCCAAGAGAUCACUAGCUUUACUUUUGGCUGAGGAUGGAUAUGAUAUUUGGCUUUGCAACAAUCGAGGAAAUACUUUUUCAAAAAACCACACAGUACUUUCUGUACAAGAUACCGAAUUUUGGAAUUUCAGUUGGCACGAAUUUGGAAUAUUUGACUUAACAGCGACGAUAGACUACAUUUUGGAAAAAAGUGGCCAAAAGGAUUUAACUCUCGUUUGUUUUUCACAAGGUUGUACGCAGUUUUUUGUAAUGGGUUCCAUAAGACCAGAAUACAAUAAAAAAGUACGAUUUGUUGCUGCUUUGUCUCCUGCUGCCUUUUUAGGGCAUUUGAAAGGAGCGGGUGUAUUGCUAAAUUCUUUUGCUAUGGACACUAAGAAACAUUUUGACAAGAUGGGAUAUUUUGAACUGAUGCCAUCUUCCCCCUUUAUCAGAGAGAUGGCAAGAAUUUUUUGUCGUGACGGUAUGAUAACUCAAGACAUAUGUUUUAUGAUAAUUUUUUCAAUAGCUGGUCCUGGAACAGAGGACUUAUCCAGAAGUGACUGGAAAAAUAUUUUGGAAUUCAGUCCUGCGGGUUGUUCGUGGAAGCAAAUCAUACAUUUCCUUUUGGGAUUUUCUAAACCAGGAACAUUUGCCCAUUACGAUUAUGGACUAAUAAAAAAUCUUCGAUUAUACAAUUCGUCAACGCCACCUGUGUACCCGCUGGAAAAAGUGGACACACCUAUCGCUCUUUUCCAUGGACUUCAUGAUUAUUUAGCCCCUCCAGAGGACGUUGAAAUCCUCUCAAAAAAAUUACCAAACGUUGUCGAAAAUAAUUUGAUAUCUGCAAAAAGACUGAACCACUUGGACUUGAUUUAUGGACAAAGUGUUCGAGCGCUUGUUUUUGAUCCAGUAAUGAAACUUAUAAGUUCCUAUAGAGAUAGUGCAGUAAAAAAUAUAGAAAAAGUUAUUAAGUAUAGCGCCAACGAGGAACACGAAGAAGAAGAAGGCGUGAGUGACGUGCAGCAAGCUCGAGAAACAGCUGACAGGCCUCGUGUCUUUAGCGACCGCUCUCAUUGGCUACAGUUGCGAACGCACGGUUGA